AUGGAUUAUAUCGAAGAUGAUUAUCUUACUAAUCUUUCAUGGUUGAAACUGUCGAAUCAUAUUCGAUGUUCGAACAAUUCAACUGAUGAUGAAUUACAAUGUCUUUGCUGGAUUAUGAAACUUCGACCGCAUGCGUAUUCUUCUCAUUCUUUGAAAAGAUUAUCGUCUUCGAUACACAAUGACAAACAUUCCUGUAAAUCAAACCGAUUGACGAAUGAUUGUGCAACGCCAAAUCGAAUCUUAAUGGUACGAACGUUGAAUAAUCGGAUGCCGAUGGAACAAUUCUCUCAACAAUCGUUGGUUUUCAUUCGUUCAUCCAAUGAUAAGAUCUUGUGUUUGUCAAUACGACAUUUUAAUGAAUGA